ACCGAAGCAAAUCAUUUCCAAGAGGCCAUAGACGGCACAGAAAGGCUUCCUAGUACGUUAGAGAGUAAGUUGAUUGAGAUAUUUUUUUUUUUUUUGCCGCUGCGUGUGUCCGGCGGCGAACCCUGGGCUUUUGAGACCACGCAGGGGGAGCGUCGGUCCUCCAGGUGGGCCGCCUCCGCAACGCGACUCAGCCCAAACACGCAGUUACAAAUGCGCUGGGAGAGCAGUGCGCGGCUCCAGCCCAGAGCAGCCCUCGAUCCCGGUCUCUCGGCAGUGUUGGUGGGAGGAUGAGGGGGACGACUAGAGACACGGUGGGACCGCGCAUCUCCUGCCCGCGACGCAGAACCUGAAACUCGAUGCUGCUGCUGCUGCCGCUGCUGCUGCUGCUGCUGGACUUUCUAAUGCUAAGGAGAGACUCAACAACCUUUUGAGGCUUCAAGGAUGUUCCUCUCAGAUGGGACUCUCUCAGCCGUCAGUAAUGCGCUCCUGUUGGGAAUAACGUGUCUGGCCGUCGCCUGCGAUCUCACCCAGGGCUCUUCGGACUUUUCAGGUUACCUGUCCAAAGUGUUGAGGAAUUACACCGAGCAGGCCUGUGAAGGAGAUUUCCUGUCUGUUCGCUGCCCGCCCCGCACCACCAUCACCGUCCAAUCAGCUUUCUACGGAAGGAGAGGUGCCUCUGAUGCCCAACAGUGCCCUCAGACCUACCAGGCUCUCCUAAGCUCUUACAACACCCGGGAGGAUGAUCAAUUUUGUUCUGUGUCCACUGCACUACAGAAAAUGCUGGACGAGUGCCAGGACAGAAGGAGCUGUCAAGUCCUUGUCAACAGCCGCGUGUUUGGGACAGACCAGUGUCCUGGCAGCAGUAAAUACCUCAUUGUCUGGUACAAAUGCAGACCUAACGAGUAUAAGAGUAAGGUGGUUUGUGAGGAGGAGAGGAUGAGACUGAGCUGCAAACGGGGUAUGCAGAUUGCCGUCUACUCCGCCAUGUUUGGCCGAACUCAACAGGGCACCCUGGAGUGUCCCCUUCAUCACAGGAGGGCCACGUCAGUAGACUGCCAGUCGUCUGCGGCCCUGCAGGUUCUGACCAACCGCUGUCAGGGCAAGAAGAGCUGUCUUGUCCGAGCCUCCACCAGAGACUUUGGAGAUCCCUGUUACUCUGGCAUCAGGAAGUACCUCAGUGUCAUCUACACUUGUGCAAACCAGCCGGUCGGGGAAGACGGCGCCCAACAUGAGCUGGAUUCUGUUCAAGUCCCAAAGAAGUUGCUCCAGGAGCAGGGCCCCAGACCGACAGUGUUCUCCCCACCACCCAGCGCCCAUGACCCCAACAUAGUGGGAGACAGCCCUCCGGAGGGGAGCUCAGUCAAGAGCCCUGACACUGUUCCAGAUAAGAAGAAGAUUAGAGAGACAAACCCCAACGAGGAGAAGUCUUCAGAAGCCGAAAGAGGAGGAGGAGGAGGAGAAAAUCCACUGCGGCCCAGUGGCAUGAAUCCCAUCAUCAAUUCCACAUAUAGUGUUAACAUGGCCCUCAUCAGCAAUGCACUGGCAGCCUACACCUACAUAUCAGACCACCCAGAGAGAGCAGCGCUCUUCUUUGUCUGCGGCGUGUGUUUGGGCCUCUUCCUCACACUCUUUGCCCUGGUGGUCCAGAUCUCCUGUCGCACUGACUGCAAGCCCCGCCAGCGGCCUCCCGCCAAGAAACGAGCGCGCCCUGCCGACUCGUCCUCCGACUCCAGCGACUCGGACUCGGACUGGGACACCACCUCGGACCUGUCGGCGCGGCGCCACCGGCGAUUUGAGCGCACGCUUAACAUGAAUGUGUUCACAUCGGCAGAAGAGCUAGAAAGAGCGCAGAGGCUCGAGGAGAGGGAGCGAAUCAUCCGAGAGAUCUGGAUGAACGGGCAACCGGACAUCCCUGGGACACGGAGCCUCAAUCGGUAUUACUGAGGACUGCUAAGAGGCUUUUUUUUACAGAAUGCUUACUUGACUUGAACACAUUUUAGGACGCACUUGGGUUGGAACGGGCAAGGGACGAGGCCAUGACGAAGCUUGAUAAGCAAGCAUGCAACUGCAACUGUGGACUCACACAGUGGACAAGAACAGUAGAAGGUCCUGCAGACUUGGAAAGAAGACCUUCCCUCUCCGGUGUUUGGCAUGUCCCUCUGGGUAUCAUAAGCUAUACCCCAUUUAGUAAGAGAAGAAGCUCACUGAAUUGCAAGCUCACCUCUUAGCCGCUUCUUUCUGCUGGAAGAGAGGGGUGAAAGGCUCGACCGCCUUGCCCAUGACCUCAGCAGGCCUUUUUGAAGUGAGGAUUUAUGGGUUAGCUGCCUUAGACACACACUGGCCUGCAGAGACUACAUGGUGACUGAAGGACCGGGGCCUCAGAUGGGUCUGUUAUAUAGAGAACGCUGGGCGGCUGCCAGAGACUGUGACACUUGGAGCUUUAUGCUCAGGACGCUCCGAUAUUCAAGUGUGGACUUUACGGAGGGGGGCAGCAGAAAGCAUCGUACCUGACGAUGGGACAAUGUAAGACAAUCUUUCCACAGUGAAUAACCAUGCUGCCUUUUGAACUUUAUAAAACCAAAAGAUAUUUUUUGAGGGGAAAUCAUCUCAACCCAUAUGAAAUAUAUUUUAUAAUAUUUAAUAGUUUAUUGAUGUUGUGUACUUUUGUUCUCAUGUAUGGUUUAUUAUGAGCUAUUUUUAUACUUGGCGAAGGUUGUCUGGCACCUCAGGGAUGCAAUCCUAGUGUUUCUGUGUUUGGUUGAUGUAUUUGCUUCCUAAGAAGGGGAUCAGCCCAUUUAAACAGCUAUGUCAGCAUUUAAAGAAAAGAAUUUGAAAUAUCGUAUAAAGAGCCUCAAAGAGGCGUCGGUGAUUUAAACUUAUUUUUGAUACAGUAUGUUUAAUUCACAGUGCAGUGCCUUUUCUAGCUAUUAAAUCACUGUUUUUCAAGAGUGCAGCUGGUGUAUCACCCAAUAGCAGGUCAAAUAAUUUAUUAAUUGGAAAUACCAAAUUUAUCUUAUCAUAUAUAUAUUCCCUUUUACCAAUACUGCUGCUUUGCUGAAGUGGAGCAUGUGUAAAGCCUGAAUGUCUCUGUCAAACAUUGCACUUGCAAUCUCACCAGAUGUAAAUGUACGUUAAUAAGAUUAUGCCAAUUUUUGUACAAGUGAAUUUGUUACAAACAAUUUCUCUGGUCCCCACUCAUAGAAAAAUUGCAGAUUUCAGGUCUUGCGUCAGCCGUGCCCUUCGUUCCAUGAUACCAGUGCUCAACAGAUGCUUGUGGUCAUCGCUGCUCGUGCCUAUCUGAAGAAGAAACAAGCACUGCAAAACAUGUUCGCGGCGAACAUGGAAAAAUGGCUUCUCUUAAAUCACUUUGCCAGUUUAAUAAUAUAAGCUAUUGUCAAUCCAGUUCUGUUUGUGCUGCCCUGGAUUCAAGCAUAGAAAUAAUUAUAGUUUUCAUUAAAAAAAAAAAAAAAGGCUUGGUAUUUUCCCGACUGAGAGUUUAAUUGAGAGUACACAGGACAUAUUAGGGUCAUCCACGUAAAAACUCUACACAGUUUUUAUAAGGACAGUUCUUGUGUUUAAAUUUGGAUGGGAUUAAAAUGUGCCAAUAGCUGGUAAAGUGAGACCAAAAUAUGACUCCUGUGCUUGUGC